UAAUUUUAUUUAUUUUAGUUAGGGGCUCACUCUUUCACCCAGGCUUCAGUGCAGUGUCAAGAUCAUAGUUCACUGCAGCCUUGACUUCCCAGGCUCAAAUGAUCCUCCCACUUCAGCCUCCCCAGUAGUUGGGACUACAGGCAUGCACCACCAGGCCUGGCUGAUUUUUAUUUUUUUAUUUUUUGUAGAGGCAGGGUCUCACUGUGUUUCCCAGGCUAGUCUGAAACUCCUGGGCUCAAGAGAUCCUCUUGUCUUGACCUCCCAAAAUGCUGGGAUUACAGGCAUGAGCCACCACUGCAACUGGCCCAUUUUUUAUUUUUCUUAAUUCAGCAUCCACUUGGUGGCUGUAAGCCUCUGACUUUUUUCCAGAGUCUGAAGAAAUUAAUUCUGACAGAUUCUGCUUGUUUUUUGAGUUUCUAUGGGGGGGACAGGAGCUUGGGGCUGCCUACUCUGCCAUUUUGCUGACCUAAGUAGAGUUAAAAUAAUUAAAUGGUUAAAUGCAUGAACUUUGGAGACAGAUGGUCUGAAUUUUAAUCCUGCCUUUGCCACCAAAAGUUUGUAAUAAGUGAAUUAUUUAAUCUCUAAACUUCAAUUUCUCAUCUGUAAAGUAGGAAUAUGGGAAGGGCUAAUUAGGAUCAUUUAUUGUAAAAUCAGUAGUGUGCAGUAAAUGUUUGACAAGCAGCUCUCAGAAGGGAUGGGACUGAAAACCCUGAUUUUUAGUGUUUGCCAGUUUCCAUGGUGUAAAUAUUCCUGAUAUGGCCGAAUUUAAGAUGCCAGUGUAAAAUCUUCUAAUGCAGGCUUGAGAAAACACACACAUAAUUGACUCUCAUGAGCCAGGGAAGGCCAACUCUAGCAUAUCACUUUCUUAAAAAGUAUGAGGUACACAAUAAGUGAUCAAUCAAUAAAUAUUAUCAUCUUCAAUUGCUUUGAACAAAGUGAAUAAAAUAAGAAUGGUUUCUGAAAAGUCAAGAUACAGCAUCUCCCUCUAUAUUGCCCUAUGUUAUAAAAUACUUUAUACUCUAGGUACUUGGAAAUGUUAUCUCCAGACAGUCCAUCUUCUGUGAGAACAACAUUUCACAUCCCCUUUCUAUCUUUAGAUCUUGCAUCAUUGUUUACAGUGAACACAAUCACAGAGAGAAUAGUCAUUGUCCACAAGUCUGCCUGAAACUGACCACACUUCAAAGGACUUGCUUCUAAUUGACUAAUCUAUUAACUUUUCAGGCUGCAGGAAGACUUAGAGGCAUCAUCCUGCCUUGGCUUCUGGUUGCCAAGGUGUUCUGCCUGAUACCAACUUUGUCAGCAGUCACCAACUAGCCAUGCUUUUCCUUUGAAGGCACAUGUAGAUUGCCUAACCAUCCACACCAGGCAAACAAUUCUUCAAAUGUCAUGCCCUUUGCAUUUCUGUUCAGAUCCAGCCUUAGAGAAGCUUGUGAAGCAAUGACUGUUUUAAUGGGUCUCCUGGGUACCCAGGCCUAAUCCUUUACCAAGUCACUAGUUAUCCCAUGUUCCUUAUCUGUCUGUCUAUCCAUCCAUCCUUCCAUCCUCAUCCAAUACUUACAGAAUGCCUAUGGCUGCAAAUACAAGGAUGACUGCUUGGUUCCUGCUGUCCAUAAACUCACAGCCUGGGAUAAAGUAGGGUAGAGUGAAUAGAUAUGCAAGCAAAAUAGAAUGGAUUGUGAUAAGGGAAAGUAGAAAAGUACAUGCAAAGUACUCUGGGAAACUAAAGGAGGAAUUCUGCCUACCUUGAGGAACUAAGGAAGUUUUCAGGGAGUGCGUGCAGGUAACCGUAGGGUAAGAUUGGCUGGGAGCCAAAUUGUGCUAGACCUUGUGCACCUGACUGUGGCAUUGGCUUCUUCAGCAACAGGGAGCCUUUCUUUCCUUUUGUUAUUUCCCUGCAUCUUACGACAUUAAAGCCUUGGUCCCUGCUAAUAAUAAAAUAAUAAUCAACUUUAUAAAGAGCUUACAAUAUGCCAGAUACUGUACUAAGUGCUUUAUAUUCUUUUUUUUUUGGGUGGGGGGUGGCUGUUGGGCAGUGUCUCACUCUGUCACCCAGGCUGGAGGGCAGUGGCACAAUCAUGGCUCACUGCAGCCUUGACCUCCUGGGCUCAAGCCUCCCACCUCAGCCUCCCAAGUAGCUGGGACUACAGGCAUGCAACACCAUGCCUGGCCAAUUAUUUUUUGUAGAGACGGUCUCUCUCUGUUUCCCAGGCUGGUCUUGAAUAACACCUGGGCUCAAGUGAUCUUCUUGCCUCAGCCCUCCAAAGUGCUGGGAUUACAGACAUGAGCCACUGCACCCAGCUUAUUAUUUAACUUAAUCUUCACAACAACUUUAGAAGAUAGAAAAUAGGAGAUGCUGUAAUGGUGAGAGUUUUAGAGCAUUCCUGAGGACCUGGAGAAAACUUGCUGCCGAGAAGGAAAUUUUGAAGGUUUCAUUGGUUGAAAAAGGUGUCUCUGGAGUCACACUCCUAGAUCUUUCUUAAAGACUUGAAAAGAAUUAGAUUAGGGGCCAGGAACAGUGGCUCACACCUGUAAUCCCAGCACUUUGGGAGGCCGAGGUGGGUGAGUCACCUGAAGUCAGGAGUUCGAGACCAGCCUGGCCAACAUCGUGAAACCCCAUCUCUACUAAAAAUACAAAAAAUUAACAGGGUGUGGUUGUGCACACCUAUAAUGCCAGCUAUUUGGGAGGCUAAGGCAGGAGAAUUGCUUGAACACGGGAAGCAGAGGUUGCAGUGAGCUGAGAUCGCCCCAUUGCACUCCAGGCUGAGCAACAAGAGUGAAACUCUGUCCAAAAAAAAAAAAACAAUUAGAUUGAGGCCAUGGGGGACAUAGAAGGUCACCCCAUCUCUGAUCUUCGCCAUCACAAUUGCUACAAUCGGCUCUUUCCAAUUUGGCUACAACACUGGGGUCAUCAAUGCUCCUGAGAUGAUCGUAAGGGAAUUUAUCAACACUUUGAAGGACAAGGCAAAUACCCCUCCCUCUGAGACAUUGCGCUUGUCCCUUUGGUGCUUGUCUAUGGCCAUAUUCUCCAUUGGUUGUAUGAUUAGCUCCUUUUCUGUUGGACUGUUUGUCAACAGCUUUGACAGGCAUAAUUCAAUGCUUACUGUCAACCUGUGGGCUGCCACUGGUGGCUGCCUUAUGGGACUGUGUAAAGUAGCUGAGUUGGUUGAAAUACUGAUCCUGGCCUACUUGGUUAUUGGCCUCUUCUGCAGACUCUGCACAGGUUUUGUGCCCACGUACAUCGAAGACAUCUCACCUAUUGCCCUGCAAGUUGUCUUUGGCACUCUCAACCAGCUGGGCAUUGUUGUUGGAAUUCUGGUGGCCCAGAUCUUUGAUCUGGAAUUCAUCCUGGGGUCCAAAGACCUAUGGCCUGUGCUAUUAGGCUUUCCCAUCUCUCCUGCUGUGCUACGAAGUGCAGCCCUUCCUUUUUGCCCUGAAAGUCCCAGAUUCUUGCUCAUUAACAGAAAAGAAGAGGAGAAUGCUAAGGAGAUCCUCCAGUGGUUGUGGGGCACCCAGGAUGUAUCCCAAGACAUCCAGGAGAUGAAAGAUGAGAGUGCAAGGAUGGCACAAGAAAAGCAAGUCACUGUGCUGGAGCUCUUUAGAGUAUCCAGCUACCGACAGCCCAUCAUCAUUUCCAUCAUGCUCCAGCUCUCUCAGCAGCUCUCUGGAAUCAAUACUGUGUUCUAUUACUCAACAGGAAUCUUUAAGGGUGCAGGUGUUCAAGAGCCCAUCUGUGUCACCAUUGGUGCGGGUGUGGUUAAUACUAUCUUCACUAUAGUUUCCCUAUUUCUAGUGGAAAGGGCAGUAAGAAGGACUCUACAUAUGAUAGGCCUUGGAGGAAUGGCUUUUUGUUCCAUCCUCAUGUCUGUUUGUUUGUUAUUGAAGGAUGAGUGUAAUGGGAUAAGCUUUGUCUGUAUUGGGGCUAUCUUGGUCUUUGUGGUCUUCUUUGAAAUUGGGCCAGACCACAUUCCCUGGUUUAUUGUGGCUGAACUCUUCAGCCAGGGCCCUGGCCCAGCUGUGAUGGCAGUGGCCGGCUGCUCCACCUGGACCUCCAACUUCCUAGUCAGAUUGCUUUUCCCUUCUGCUGCUUACUACUUAGGAGCCUACGUUUUUAUUAUCUUCACCGACUUCCUCAUUACCUUCUUGAUCUUUACCUUCUUCAAAGUCCCUGAGAUGUGUUACAGGACUUUCGAAGAUAUCACACAGACCUUUGAGGGGCAGGCACACGAUGCAAAUAGAUCUGGAAGGACUGCGUCAUGGAGAUGAACAGUAUCCAGCCUGCUAAGGAGACCACCACCAAUGUCUAAAUCAUGCCUCCUUCCACCUCCCUCCCAGCAAGGGAAAGCCACCUCCCUGAACGAGGGAGAGACCUCAUAAGGAUGAACCCAGGGCUGCUUCUGAAUGCUGCUACUUGAUUCCUUUCUCCCUCAACAAGACUGGAGCUUGUUGAAUUUUCAAUGGCUUUUAAAAUAUUUCAUUUCUUGGACAUUCUCUUCUGCGUAGGAGAGACCAAGUGAACCUACCUUCAUUUCAGGAGGGAUUGACCACUUGGGAUAUGACAACUUUGCCAGCUCUUCUCCCUUGGGUUCUAAUAUUGCCCUCUAGGGGAUAUAGGGGAGGAAAAGUAAGGUGCAGUUCCCCCAACCGCAGACUUACCAGGAAGCAGAUACACACACACUGUGGGAAGGCAGACAGGGUUUAUGUAAGAGCACCUUCCUCACUUCCAUACAGCUGUACACAGCAGAUUAACUUGAGUUUUAUUUAUUUUUACCUUCUGGUUUAAUUACAUAAAUAUUAUGUUUUAAGUGUAAUUUUGCCAAAUAAUGAAAACAUAAGGAAACUGAGGUUAAAAGGAGGUGUUUAAAAGAGGUUAUAGAGUAGAAGAUUUGAUGCUGGAGCGGUUAAGGUGCAAUAAGAAGAAUUUAGGGAGAAAUGUAGUUAAUUAUUGGAGGGUAAAUGAUGUGGUGCCUGAGGUCUGCACAUUACCUCUUAACAAUUUCUGUCCUUCAGAUGGAAACUCUUAAGUUUAAUUUCUCAGAAAAGUCAUAUGCCUAUAUAAUAAAGCUACUGAUUUCUUUUGGAACUUUUUUCUUUAAAAUUAUAGUUUAUAUGUAGUAUUAUUUGAAGUCCAGGAUUAUUAACCAAGAUGGGCACUGUAGUUAAUGGCAGUUGAUGGGUUCUAAUUUUGGAUGGAGUCCAGGGCAGGGAAAGUUAUUUCUAGAAAGCCUGUUCCUUCUCACUGGACCAAACAACUCCUUCCCCUUGUAGUAGACUCAUUACUUUUUAAGUAACCCCACCACCCAUCUGGUGGGAGAGCCAUCCAAAUGAGAAACCUAAAAUAAUUGGUUCUUGGUAGAGGUUCGUCAUUUCUCCAUUUUGUUCUUUAGGAGAUUUUAGGUGUUGAUUUUUGUUUUACUUUGACCCAUAUCUUUAAAGGAAUUCCAGAAAGAAUGUUUAUAGCUGACUUGGAAUUUGUAACCUCAGCUCUGGGAGAAGAUUUUUUUCUGAACGAUUAUUAUCUAACGUGUGUUGUUGCUUCAGGGUCACGGCAUGCUUGUCUAUGUCUGUUACCAUGACCACCGUGGUCCUGUGCCGAGUGCCCUUAGGGGGAUUGAAUCUUUCCAAUAGGCCAUGUUUGAGAUAGUAUGAGUCAGUGUGCAGUGUAGCCCAUACUUGAGAGUAUGAAUGUAUGUGCACUGUCACUUUGCUCUGGGUGGAAGUAGGUUAUUGUUGACUUAUUUCCUCUGUGUUUAUUCCCACAGCCCCCUUUUUCAUAUGUUGCUCGAUCUCCCUUUCCCUUCUUGGUGCUUACACAUCUCAGACCCUUUAGCUGAAUGCUUGCCAAUAACAGUAUUUUGGUUCUCAGUUCUCACUGUUCCCUCUGGUUGUUGAGGCGUCGAAUAAAAAUGCACAUAGCAGUGGGGUUUAGCUGGAAAAGGUGACCUUCCUCCAACUUCACCUCUACUUCUGGCUCCUCAAACAGCGGGUGGACAGUAAGGCAGGGAAGUUGUUUUCUCAUUUCUCACUGACCAGAUUGUGAAUAUUUCCAUAUGGAUUUUCUCUUAUUAAUGUUACUCUGGUGGUUCUUUAUUUUAAGAUAAAAAUUCUGAAUGUACACAUGAAAAAAAAAGACAGAAAAUGUGAUCACUCCCAUUUUACAGAUUAAAAAACUGAGAUUUAAAGUAGUAACGUACUACUCACAGCCACACAACUAGGAUGAAGCAGAGCUAAAACUCAGUUCUCAUUCACUGCCAAGCCUGUGGUCUUAGAGACAUGAGCCAGCAGGACUUGGUGUCAUUAAGGGACUGGGGAGAGUGGUUCCAUUCCCCCAAAUCCUCCCCCAGAGAACUUCCUCGUAUUUUAUAAUGGUCAUACCUUCAACCCUUUUACCUCCUACCUGGGCUGAUUGCAAUAAUCUGAAAGGGCCCUGUUCGAGGGGCAAUGGUAGUUACUGUGGAGAAGGGCUUCAAAGAAUAUGGAUGGUGGUGCCAAUUUACCUCCCGGACUGUGGCUGCUGCUGUGUGAUGUUGGGGUAAUGGUUAAUCUGCUCUUGUGUGAGUCAGCUAAUGCCCCUCCCAAAUCAUGUAAUGCGUUAACUCAGUUAAAAGACACCUGCCCAACUCAUCUGAAUGUCAGACCUGAGUGUCAGCUCCCAUUUUACACUCGGUAAAAGGAAGGAGGAUUUUAACUUAACACUCGAAAUCUUCAAAGAAUACAGUUGAUCUUUUUCAGCCAACAGAAAGACUGCUUCCCUGGUUGUGUGUGUGUGUGUGUGUGUGUGUGUGUGUGUGUGUGUGAUUUAACUUAGUGUUGACAUAAACUCUGUAGAAUUGUAUAUGUACAGAUAAGUAACUGGAAGCUCGGAAAGGUGAAGCCACUUGUUCAGGUUCAUGGAGUCAACUUUCUUUUUACAUCUCCAGGACACUAACUGUUGGGAUGGUUUGUUUAGUUUGCAUCCUAGUGGAUAACUGCUCUUCUUAGUGAUGAUGAAAAUUUGAAUAUCUCUAAAGGGGCAUUAUUAUCCUGGAGGUGUGAGACAGUGAAAAGAACAGGAGCUUUGAAGCUAGGUGUGCCCUGUUAAAACUUCAGUUCCUGCUGUGUAAUAGUGUAAACACUGGCAAAUCACCUAAUCUCACCUCAAAAGGUGAUUUUGAGAAUGAAAGCAGAUGGCUGGGAGGCAAGGAUACUUAAAUACAUGUUAGUCCUUUCCAGGUCCUCAUUGCUGGAAUUUGAGUGGACAUCUCCAGCCAUCUCAAGCAAAUUGAUUAAAUACUCAGUGCAUUCUUAGAGAUAUUUUAAUUUAUUUUAAUUGAAACAAACACCUGCCAUGUGGCAUUUUUAGGAAAAUUUAGGGAAGGUCUUGUGAAACUAGGCAAAUCAUAAAGCUCCCACAGGUUGAGGCUCAACAGACCAAUCAGUGAGGCCCAUUUUACCCUGGAGGCACUGGGCCAGGUGCCACGAGCGUUCCAGGGGUGAAGGGAAAAGCCUGCCGUGCUGGAACUGCAAAACAUCUGGUCAGGGAGAUAAAGCACCAACAGAAGGAAAGACAAACAGCAAUAGAAGGCAUUAAAGGACACGUUUCCAAGGAAUGAUGUAGGCAAUAAAUACUGUGUGAAUUCAGGACAGAGAGAGAGAUCACUUAGAAAGGUCCAAAAAACCCUUCCUGACUCAUUUCCUGUACUUUCUCUUUCUGUCCCUUCAUAGCUCUGUGGGUUUCUCUUAGAGUUACCAGGGCACUUAUCUCUGUGUAACAAGGUGGAGAAAAUAUCUCCAUUGUUUUACAGCUGGUGCCAGAUUUCUUCCUGAAAAUAGAAGCAUCUAGGCUUGGAAAAAAUCAGUUGAGAAAUUAGGUAUAAUAGAAUAAAUAGGUUGGAAAAUGCUUGAGGUAGAAAAUUGGUGUCCAACAAUGAUAGACUGGAUUAAGAAAAUGUGGCACAUAUACACCAUGGAAUACUAUGCAGCCGUAAAAAAUGAUGAGUUCAUGUCCUUUGUAGGGACAUGGAUGAAACUGGAAACCAUCAUUCUCAGCAAACUAUCGCAAGGACAAAAAACCAAACACCGCAUGUUCUCACUCCAUAGGUGGGAAUUGAACAAUGAGAACUCUUGGACACAGGAAGGGGAACAUCACACACCAGGGCCUGUUGUGGGGUAGGGGGAGGAGGGUGGGAUAGCAUUAGGAGAUAUACCUAAUAUAAAUGACGAGUUAAUGGGUGCAGCACACCAACAUGGCACAUGUAUACAUAUGUAACAAACCUGCACGUAGUGCACAUGUACCCUAAAACUUAAAGUAUAUAUAUAUAAAAAAAAGAGUUUAAAAAAAAAAAAAGAAAAUUGAGACCAAGGAUCCAGCUGUUAGAGGAGGGUCAACUUGCUGUGCAUACUGCAGGGAGGUUUUGGAAAUUUUGGGGGGCAAUCUGCAAUGGAGAACACGAGGGCAAAAGGAGGGAGGGCAGAGGGAAAAUGGAGAAAGCAGCCACCAGGGCAGCAGAGCUGUGAUUCCUACCUACCUACAUCUUCAGGGAUGGCUGCCAAACCCAGGGAGCUUUGUGUGAGUGCCUUCAUUGUAACAUGGUGCAAAACAGAGUAGAAUGAGGAGGUGGAAGUGUCCCUACAGAAUUUACCUCGCUCUUGAAAGGGCUUUACACUUCCACAGUCCAGGCAACGUGUUGAGAGUUCAAACCAAGUUUACCCAGAUCUUUCAGCAACAAACGGGUCUCAUCUGACUUCUGAGUUUUAUCUCCAAGUCUUUUCUCUUUCCUUCUUGACCUUUCCCUCCCCUCCAAAGCUUACUUAGUACAGUGUCUGACGUAUAGUAGAUGCUCUAUAAAUAUCUGUCAUGCUGAAUCAAUAUAAAUAUUGUAUUAUACAUGGUUUCUGCUGUCGUGGUACCUAAAAUUGAGGGAAGACAAUACACGUGCAUUUCAGAUACAAAAAUAAACCUAAUCCUAACAAUUCUGGGAAGGAUAUAAAUGCCAAUUAAAUAGGCCUGACACUUUCCUGCCUCUUUUUCAGUGUCCUUCACGGUUCGGUUCACAUUUCACAAGCCCCAUGAAGUCUAUCUGGAUUUUUGGUAAUGUUUCCUGUCUCUGAAAUCUUAUGACAUUUAUGUUUGUAUCAGCCAUUUGACGCUUGAUUAUCUAUUUUUCAGAUGGAUGUCUUGCCUUUUCCUCUACACACUACAGGAAGAGUGGCCACCCCUGCCAAGGGCCUAGUGUAGUACCCUAUACAUGUAGCUGAUCAGUUGAUUGUUACUGAUCAUAUGUAUCCUGCAUCAUGUUAUAAAAAAUUAACACAGUGCUUGGCACAUACUUGUACUGAGUAAGUAUUUGCUGAAUUGACUUAAAGUGUUGGAUGCCAUAGACCUCUGAGAAUAUGUAAUUUCUAUGUAUCACUCUCCUAGCAGAAUAAGAGAAAAUUGGAACUUGGGAAGAAGUCACAUCUAAUUCUUUUCUAUUUUUAUUUCAUUUUAUUUCUUUUUUUUAAGAAGUGAGGUCUCACUCUGUCACCCAUUCUGGGGUGCAAUGGCAUGAGCAUAGCUCACUACAGCCUCGAACUCCUGGGGUCAAGCAAUCCUCCCACCUCAGCUUCCAAGUAGUUGCAGCUAUAGCUGCACACCAUUGUACAUGGCUAAUUUUUAUUUAUUCAUUUUUUUUUAUAGAGAGGAGGUCUCACUAUGUUGCUCAGGCUGGUCUUAAACUCCUCAAGUGAUCCUCCUGCCUUGGCCUCCCAAAGUGCUGGGAUUACCGGCAGGAGCCACUGUGCCUGGCCAGUUCUUGUUCAGCUACAAUUUAUUUUCCUAUUGCUUUUUGGAAUGUAAUUUAAACUUUACACUUCAGUUAUCCCACUUGUCAAAUGCAUACAUGAUUUUGUGGCCAAUAACCUGUACGUGGACACAGUAAAGUUAAAACAAUAAAGAUGCACGGAAUUUUGAUGCUGAUAGGUAUCAUAAAAUAAUGUGAUCCAAACUAAGGAGAUAUCUGAGCUCAGAGACAUUAAAAAGACUACCCUAAGUUUUUUUUUUUUUAAUCUAUCAAAGAGCUCAUCCAGCAUGCAAGUGUCCUGCUUUCUGAUCCAGCAGCCUUUCUAGCACCCCGGCCUUGGUUGUCAGAAUAGCAUUUGCUUAUAAGGUUUUUAAAUAAUUAAUACAGUAUACUAAAUCCCAGGAGUAGAAUAAGCCUUGUUAUUAUGGCUAAUAAGUCAGCCCAAAGCAAUCUGUUAUUCCUGUAAAACUGAAUGGAUUUUGAAGUAAAGCAUCCUUGGGCUCACUGGCCUCAGAGGAGGCCAUCAUCUCAUUUACCUAUUUAAGAAAAACCCCAUAAAAGAGUGUUCUAUAUGGACAUUCAUUAUGUCUUAAGCUUUAUUGAUUCUGUUAUGUUGCCGUUAGGAACCACGAAAGCCUUCAAUUAGAUUAAAGCCAUAAUAAAUAAGAUUAGUAACACUUAUUCUGCUCUGUAUGUUAAGUGUUUUUAUAAUAAACUAAUGUUUACCUUUCUGGACAUUACUACAUUGACAUCCUAUACAAUAAUUAAAUCAGAUAUUUUGAGUUGUUUUAGGAAAAAAGAUUUGAGUGUUUUUUUGUUUGUUUGUUUUAUUUUUGAGAUGUAGUCUUGCUCUGUUGCCCAGGCUGGAGUGCAGUGGUGUGAUCUCAUCUCACUGCAACCUGUGCCUCUUGAGUUCAAGCAAUUCUCCUGCCUCAGCCUCUUGAGUAGCUAGGACUACAGGUGCGCACCACCACGCCCAGCUAAUUUUUGUAUUUUUAGUAGAGACGGGGUUUCACCACGUUGGCCAGGAUGGUCUCAAUCUCUUGACCUCAUGAUCUGCCUGCCUCAGCCUCCCAAAGUGUUGGGGUUACAGGCGUGAGCCACUGCGUCCAGCCAAGUAUAUUUUAAUAACUACUGACAUUAACUACCAUCAUUAAUCCUCAUUAUAAUUCUACAAAGUGGACAUUAGUAUCAUCCUUACUUACCGAUGACGAUGAAAUUAAAGCUUAUGGAAAUCAGUAUCUUGCUCAAGAUCCCACAGUAGGGAAGCCAGGAUUAAAUGAGAUAACACAUAUGUACUUAGCACAGUGCUGGGCAGAUAGUGUGUUCAACAAAUGCAAGUAAGAGAUUCAGUAUGAAGUGAAAAUAAGUUGAAAAUAAGUUAAAAAUUAGGGUCAGGCGCGGUGGCUCACGCCUGUAAUCCCAGCACUUUGGGAGGCCAAGACGUGUAGAUCAGGAGAUCAAGACCAUCCUUGCUAACACGGUGAAACCCCCGUCUCUAUUAAAAACACAAAAAAUUAGCCGGGCAUGGUGGUGGAUGCCUGUAGUCCCACCUAGUCGGGAGGCUGAGGCAGGAGAAUGGCAUGAACCCAGGAGGCAGAGCUUGCAGUGAGCCAAGAUUGCUCCACAGAGCAAGACUCCAUCUAAAAAAAACAAAAAAACAAAAAAACAAAAAAAACAUGGCUGGGUGCAGUGGCUCAUGCCUGUAAUCCCAGUACUUUGGGAUGCUGAGACAGGAGGACUGCUUGAGCUCAGGGGUUCGAGACCAGCCUGGGCAACAUAGCAAGACCUCAUCUCUACAAAAAAUAAAACAAAAUUUAGCUGGGUGUGGUGGCAUGCACUUGCAGUCAUAGCUACUUGGGAGGCUGAGGUGGGAGGAUGGCCUGAGCCAGGAGGUCAAGGCUGGAGUGAGCUGUGGUUGUGCCACUACACUCCAGCUUGGGCGACAGAGGGAGAUCCUAUCUCAACAAACAAACAAGAUGAAGCUGUUGUGAGGACAAUAUAGAAAGUACAUGUUAUAAGUUUCUAUAUAUCUGUAUCCUGUAUAUGUAAUAGAUGUAUGAUUAAAAUUUGAUUCUGAACUUCUUAACAAUCAGAUCAAAGGGAGAAAUACAAUCAGCUAUGUAAGUGAUAAGGAACAUUGCCCAAGAGAAGUAUAGCUAUUUCUGGAGCUCAGACUUAAGGGCACUCUUUCAAGACACAUGAUCUAAUACCCCAGCAAGGACCCUAGAGAAUGAGGGUAAACUUAUCGUGGGGUGGCUCUUAGAAGCCUGGAAAAGGUGGUUGUUAACCUGGGUAAAGUGGAGAAGCCCAAGUUGCCCUGGCAGAAGGUAUAGGAAGGAUUAAAAGGCUGAGGGAAGGGGCAUGUUAGGAUGGAAAUAUCAUGUAAGACCAGAAGACCCACUGAGGAUUAUGUUCCAUGUGAGGCCCAAAGAACACGCUAUUCACUAAGACCAUUAAGAAUACACUGUUGAGAGAGACAUUGGCGUCACUAAGAAGUAUAAUAAUAAUAGCCUCCUCUGCAGGGCAUUGCUGAAAGUAGGAGAGUGAUCCCAGAGCUGAGCUCCUUAACAGCCAUGUGUAUGAUGGGGACUCUGGCCAAGGAAUGGAGACCAAUUGGAAGUGUGUAACUCCCAGAAGCCAUGAGGUCACAAUUACCAUAAUAAGCAACAAGGUCAGAGGAGCAGCCAAGGUGGCUUGAUCUGCAGGAAUUGCAAAGACGGUUAAUAGUGCAUAGUGUUCUUUAGAGGCGCAUAGUGUUCUUUAGAGGCACAUAUGUAGCCAAAAAAGAUGCUACAUAAAAUCUCGAAAUGCAUGGGUCCAUGACUGUGGGGUCCACAGGUCAUACAUAACACCACCCAGAGGAGCUGACUUCACAGAGUGUGGAAAUGGCCUUGGAAAAGCACACCUGCAGCGAUAGGAGGCAACCCUCUAAUAGGCUGGGGUGACAUUCUACAGGAUAUGCAUUGAAUCAGAGACCUCUAUAUGGCACUGUGUCCACAAUAAAAAGAAUAAAUGGAUCUAGGAACAAAGGGGUCAAAGUAGGCGUGGUCCCACUUACCAUCACUCCCAGUGACCCAAUGGGGACUGUCCUUCCAGUCCCCAAAACUCUGUGUUAAUCAAGUGGUAAAGAUCCUGGUCCCCAAACUCAGUGUACUCUUGCCAGGGGACACAACAAAGGUCCCAUUGAAUUACAAAUUACUGCUGCCACCAGGGCACUUUGAGUUCCUUGUCUCCAGGGACCAGCAGGAGAAAAGAGUCACCAUCGUGCCCGAGGAAGUGGAUGGCGUUAGGGAGGAAGAUGUGUGGAACCCAGAUCUCCUUGGGUGUUUCCUGGUACUCCCUUGACUCAUUGGAAUUAGGGUUGGGUGUGUAUAGUGCUCCUGGCCUGAGAAGGGUAUGACUGCAAAGGGCUCAGAUCCACAAGGAAUGAAGAUUUGGGUCACGUCAUCACAUAACAUCUCUCAAAAAAACAUCAGGACUUGCUGAGGUGAUAGCUAAGGGUGAGGGAAAUGGGCCAUGCAAAAGGGACAGGAUGUGAACCAGGUUGGGCCUGAGAACUGGCCAUAGUUUGUCCUAUUAACCUAUCACUUCUAAGCUUCCCUUCAGGAAGAGCGGUCCAUGGAUUUGUGGAGAGGCUGCUCCCUGAGCAUGCAUGUAGAGGUGGAUCUGUGCAGUCCAGUGUGUGAAAUGUGGCCACCAUGAAAGUGCACUGCUCAGAUCUCCUGCUGUGGGAGCAUGACUGACUGACAGCCCCAGCUGUUGCCUCUGUGCACACACCACCAUGUUUGCACAGAGCUGGGCUUUCCAUACCAAUGACAGAGCAUGGCAGGUAUAUGAAAGCUGGUCAGUUCUUUUGGGGUGCAGUGGUGCAUGCCUAUAGUCCUAGCUACAGAGGAGGCUAAGGCUGAUCACCUGAGGCCAGGAGUUCAAGGCUGUAGUAUACUAUGAUCACUCCUGUGAAUAGCCACUCCACUCCAGCCCGGGCAAUGUAGUGAGAUCCCUGAUUCUAAAAGAAAAAAAAAAAACUAUACAAAAUUAGCUGGGCAUGGUGGCACAUGCCUGUAAUCCCAGCUACUUGUGAGACUGAGGCAGGAGAAUUGCUUGAACCUGGGAGGCAGAGGUUGCAGUGGGCCGAGAUUGCAUCAUUGCACUCCAGCCUGGGCAAUAAGGGUGAAACUCCAUCUCAAAAAAACAAAAAACAAAAAACAAAACAAAACAAACAAAAAACAAAACAAAAAAAGAAAGAAAAGAGAAUGCUGGCUAAUUCCCGUGAGCCGUGGCCACUUUGGCUCAAGGACUCUGAUUGGCCUAACCAGGGCUCUUUUGGAACUGUGCUAUAUAGUCUUUGACUCUCUAUCCCCAUCGUCUCUUUUUCCCUCUCUUCUUCCACAGAUGUCAGAGCUGCAGCAUGAUCUGGAGGCUUUCCUCGCUUUCUUCCGCUUCCCCUCCCUUGAUCCUUCACAGGCAUUUUCCUCAAUACAUCUCUUGCCUGGCUAAUCCUGUCUGAUGAGUUUCCAGAUGGACCUGAAUUAAGUAUGUUCUCCAGCUAGCUGCUAGCUAGUUAAAGGCAGAUCCAUGUGCCAUACUAUGGUAGGGAUGGUUAGUUUAUAUAUACCUUCUUACCUAACUUUCAUAAUCAUUUACUGAGGUAAAUGGGCUGGGUAGUAUGAUUGCAAUUUUAUGUAUAAGGAAACAGGAUUAAUUUAGGAACUUGCCUGGGAUAUACACUAGUAAGUGGCAGAGCUGAGCUGAAAUUUAAACUUAAGUUGGUAUUACUCCAAAGUUACCUUAACUACUCAUCUGUGGGGCAGUUAGACUGAGAGUGAAGUUGACAUCUUAUGAGAGUUGAAGUAUCUGAGGAAGAUAAACUUGAUGUUCUACAGAAGUCGGGGGAGGAAGUUCUCCAAAUCAGAAUCAAGUUUUUUUCUCAAGCAAUGAUUUUAGGACAAUACCAAAUGUGUGAUACCCAUACCAAAUGUGUGAUACCUACGUAUUGAAUUUAUGACAGAGUUACCAACGUUCUACUUUGGACAAUUACCUGAAAAUUUUCAGUCUAAAAAGAUAAUGUGAACAUUUAUAAUUAUGUAUACAUACAUGAUUCAUUUGCUUUUCAUCUUUUUUCUUUACUGAAUUAUAGCUUUAGCAAAUAUCUAUUGAAUUUUUAUUAUAUGUCAUGCAUGAUACCUUUAAGGAAAAAUAUAUAUAUUCCCUUUCCUUCCCAUUACAUUUAAUCCGAUUUUUUUUCUUACUUUCUGUCAUUAUGAAUAAGUAUUUUAGACAGCCUACUGUUUGCAUGGUACUAAGCAAUAGAAAAGGGCCUCCUUCCUGUAAGUCUAAUCACACCCCACCUUAGAUGGAAGCUGAUUCAAUGGGUUAGUGAGCAUGUAGAGAAAGAUCUGCUCAGUCAGUGUCAAAGUUUAUUUCAGCUGUAGGUUGUAAGAGGUUCAACAUUUGAUUUUCCUUUUCCUUUUUUUUGCAAAGUGAGACGAGGGAAGGGAUUGUUAAACAAAAGGUGAACAUUUACUUAAUACUAUAUUUUCAAUAGAAAAUGACAGUUUGAUUUUUAAAAAUAGCAGUUUUAACACUUCAGAACAUCCAUUGAAAUCUUAUAUGGUUUAAAUACUGAAUGUGUAAAAUAUUUAGCUGUAUAAAAUAUAAUAGAAUAAAAAAAUAGAAUGUUUAUGCUCUCCUCCCCAAUAUUUAUAUUCCUUAAAUCUUUCUUUUCUUUUCUUUUGUUCUCUUCCUUUCCCUUCCCUUCCCCUCCCCUCCCUCCUUCCCUCCCUUCCUUUCUUUCUCUCUCUUUCUCUCCCUUUCUUUCCUUCCUUCCUUCCUUCCUUCCUUUCUUUCUUUCUUUCUCUCUCUCUCUCUCUUUCUUUCUUUCUCUUUUUCUUUCUUUCUUUUUGACAGAAUCUUGUUCUGUUGCCCAGGCUGGAGUGCAGUGGCACAAUCAUGGCUCACUGUGGCCUCUACCUUCUGGGCUCAAGUAAUCCUCCUGCCUCAGCCUCCUCAGUAGCUAGGACUACAGAUGCAUGCCACCAUGCCCAGCUAGUUUUUAAAUUUUUUAUAGAGUCCAGGGUCUCCCUAUGUUGCCCAGGCUGGUCUUGAACUCCUGGCCUCAAGCAUUCCUCCCACCUUAGCCUCCAAAAGUGCUGGAGUUACAGGCGUGAGCCACCACCCAGCCUAUGCAAAUAAUUUUUAAACAAUAAAUAUUAAAUGGUUUUGUUUCUUUUGGAGACAGGGUCUCACUCUAUCACUCAGGCUGGAGUGCAGUGGUGGGAUCGUGGCUCACGGCAGCUUCAACCUCCCAGGCUCAAGCGAUCCUCCCACCUCAGCCUACUGAGUAGCUGGGACUACAGGCACAAGCCACCACACCUGGCUAAUUUUUGUAUUUUUUGCAGAGAUGGAGUUUUGUCAUGUUGCUCAGGCUGGUCUCAAACUCCUGAGCUCAAGUGAUCCACCCGCCUUGACCUCCCAAAGUGCUGGGAUUACCGGCAUGAGCCACUGCAUGCAGCCUAAACUGUAUAUUAAAACAACUGCUUUAGAACACAGUCACAGAAAUGGGAUUGAGUCAAAUGGACUGUAUAAUUUUAGAUUAAUUCAUAGAUUAGUAUUGGCAAGUUACUUUCUAUUCAGUUUCCACAAAUCUACACUGCCCUGAAAAACAUACACCCUAUCAGGGUCUAAAACAGUGGACAUUAUAAUUUUUCAAAUAGUUUGUACCUUUAAUGUUUUAAAAAUGUAUCUUGUAGCUUUAAUUUGAAUUUUUACAUUUAUUAAAGAAGUUAAUGAUUUUCUA